AUGAUAACUAUCGAUUUGAAUAAUUUACUUGAUGAAGCUCUUUUCUACUCAAACGAUCAAUUUUACAAGUUCAUUGAAGAUUGUUUAGGUGUCGAUGAAAUGAACUUAUUGAAAAUGCAAUCAAUUAAAAAUAUCAGAACACUGUUAAACUUACCGGAUGUUUUUGCUAUACUUAGUGUGAAUUGUAAAGAACUUGUUGAUCUUAGAAAUAGUAUUUGUUUUGCCGAUGAAGAUAAUAACAACAUUAUUAUUAAAUCAGGAAUCAAAGCUGGUAUGAAUAGUUUGAUAACAACACUUCAAGAGAAAAAAAGCAAGUAUAUUAAACAAACAAAAAACUCCAAAUCAUCAUCAUCAUCAUUAUCCUACACAACAAAUCAUCUUCAUUCGAAUACAUCUUUGUUAAAUACAACAAUUCCUGAUUCUAUCGAUUCGGCAUUAACAUCAACACCAACGACAACACUGAAUUUAAUGCCAAUCAAUCAUUACAUCGAUGUGAUUUCAGACAGUAUAGAAAAAUUUUCUAUCAACACUUUUAAAAAAGUUAUUUUAAAAAACAACGGUGAUUAUUUUAUAUCUGUAACUUCAUUAGAUUCGAACAUAAAUGGGCAAAUAAAAUGUGGUUGCAAUACAACAGUUAAACUUGUUUUUCGUUCAAAUAGAAAUUCAUUUCAAUUAUCUUCAUAUUUCAAACAUUUAAAAAAUGCUCGCUGUUCUAUGAUAAAAAAUAGAAACAAUUAUCAAUUGAAGAUUUAA